AUGUCGUUCAAGGGGAUCAAAAAGACCAUCGUGAGGGCGCCGCAGAAUUUCCGCCAAAAGAUGAACAUGGGCGAAGUCACGCAGGACCCCGUUUACCAAGACGCCGAGAGGAGAUUCAAAGAAAUAGAGAUUGAGACCAAGAAGUUGAGCGACGAGUCCAAAAAGUAUUUUCAGGCUAUCAGCGGCAUGCUUGAUGAGCUGAUGGCAUUCUCCACCGCAAUUGAGGAGAUUUACAAGCCCAUUAGUGGCAAAGUGUCGGAUCCCAACGCCGCUGUGCCCGAGGACAAUCCUCAAGGUAUAGAGGCUGCCGAACAGUACCGAGAGUUGAUCAAGAACUUGAAGGAAACGUUGAAGCCCGACUUGGAGUUGAUUGAAAAGAGAAUUGUUGAGCCGGCCCAGGAACUAUUGAAGAUUAUUGCUGCCAUCAGGAAGAUGGCCACUAAACGAGACCACAAGCAGGUGGACUUGGAUAGACACAAGCGGACCUACAGCAAAUACGAAACGAAAAAGGAAAGAACGUUGAAGGAUGAGGAGAAAAUGUACAGCUCGCAGGCAGAGCUUGAAGUUGCACAGCAAGAGUAUGAUUAUUAUAACGACAUGUUGAAACAAGAACUCCCCGUCUUGUUUCAAAAGCAGAGCGAGUUUAUCAGCCCUUUGUUUGUCUCCUUCUACUACAUGCAAUUGAACAUCUUUUACCAGAUGUACAACACCAUGGAGGAGAUGAAAAUCCCCUACUUUAAUUUCUCCGAGGAUAUUGUUAAUGCUUACCAUGCCAAAAAGGGAAAUAUAGAAGAGCAGACCGAUGCUAUUGGCAUCACCCACUUUAAAGUUGGCCACGCCAAGUCCAAGUUGGAAGCGGCGAGAAGGAGCCAUGCGGGUAUGGCAAGUGCCCACGCUGCUGCACCGGGCACCGCUACCCAAGAACAACUUCCUGCUUAUCAAGGAGGGGCUCCAGCUGGCUACAAUCCAGAUUAUAAAGGAACCCCAGUAACAUCACCCACGCCUACGGGAGGCUAUGGCUACCAAUCACCUCAGCAACCAGCCUACGGCCAACAUCAGCAACAAGCAACUUAUCAGCAGCCGACAGCUACUGGGGCUCCUCCACCCGCUUACAACACCCCGCCACCCUCGGCAGAGACUUGCACCGCCUUGUACGACUACAAUGCUCAGGCCCAGGGAGACUUGACUUUCCCUGCUGGUGCCGUGAUUGAAGUUAUAAAUAAAAACGAUCCCGGUUGGUGGUUGGGGAAAUAUAAUGGUAUCGAAGGAGUUUUCCCUUCCAAUUACGUGCAACAAUAG